CUGUACUUUCAUCCCGUCUUGUCCUUGAUGGAUCAAACACGUUGUGGGCGCGUGACUGGCUCGAUGCCACCGUAGUCCAGUGGAUCUCGGCACGCCAGAUGUGGCUCUUUUUGGCCACUGACUGUUUCCGACUGGUAAAUAGAGGCCCAUCCAGUUCCCCAGUUCCUCAAUCUUCUCCUUAACCACUAGCGAUACCCCUACUAUGCAUCCACGAUCAGCACUGGGUUCUCCCACACCCUCUGCUGCGAGUCGCCUCUCAGACAGCAGCCGCUCAGAUAGCAGCAGUCGUCAUUUUGCGCGGAAAUCAUCAAGCGUAUCCGAAUUCGAGAUCGAGCGAACGCUCAAAUUGUCCAACUCAUCGCCAAAGCGACCAGGUCUUCGUCGUCAUCAAUCUGAAUAUGGCGCAGAAAGUGCUCUUCGUGCGAGCGUGUCACGCUUGUUCGCCGCCAAAGCGCGUCCGUUCACUGUCAACGGUCGCAUUCCCAUGGACCCAGCGUCCUUGGUGCUAUUCUUCCGAUCGAAGAGUGGCAUCACGCACUCGCUUGAUUACCCCAUCGACGUUGAUUACGACACACCCCCGGCUCUUGAAGUACUAAUCGCAGCAUGUAAACCUCAUCCGACACCUGGAUAUGAUGUAUACCCUGAUCGUGAAGCCCUAUUCUACCCCGCAAAUCUUCCCUUGACUGCAACGCUCGAAAUCGCUAACCACCCGAUCCUUGACGCAGUGCGCAAUGCACUCUUCCCUGCACUACAUAUGGGGCAUUACCUCACGGCCCUGAGAGAUAAGCUAGAGGUGAUGGUCACUGGAUCGCGUAUGGCACCCCAGUCUCGUACGUUACGCAACGAUGGUAGAGUUGCUACGAUAUGUGUCACUCUACCCGUUCACUAUCGCGGGGGAACUAUGAUUGUCCGAGAUGCGGAAGGGGCGGAAGAGAAGUUCUUCGGAGGCGGAGGCAAACCUGGCGAGGUCCACUGGACUGCGUUCCUUGGGGAAUGCGAGUACGAAGUCGAGACCAUCCAGCAAGGAUGCAGGAUGAGUAUCACGUACGCCGUGCAUCUGAAGACGUACGGCGCGGCAGUCGAUCCUCUUAUCACGCCGAGCGAGCACUUCCUUGAUCUUCUUUCCCCCGUCCUUAGCCUAUCUCGAGGACGAAAAGUGGCGUUCUAUUUGAGCCAAGAUUACGGUGUCAACCCAUCGGAGGGCCUCGCCGAAUCGUUGGUUCCACAUCUUAAGGGAAGCGAUUCUCUUCUAUACCAUGCCCUGAAGGUGUACAAGCUUGCGCCAGAACUACAUUGGGCAGCAGGGGGAUACGUCUGGCCCAUAGAUCGGACCGUAGAAUGCGGAAAUGACCUUCUGGAUUCUCCAACAAGCCUAUCAAUGGGCUUUCCUAGCGCUUUUGGAUCACCUGCUCGCUCAGCAAAAUCCAUCCGUGGUCCCAUGAGUUACUACGGCGACCUAGAAGAAGAUGACGUGCAGAUGAUGAAGAUCGAAGCUGACAGUCUUAGGAUGAGGGUUGAGGAAAGCGGUGCUAUCCCCCUUUCUGAAGCGGAAAUCUUUAUUCUUUCGGACAGGGUUCCCGGUCCGAUGGCGAAGGAGAGGGUGCACUUUGUCUCGAAUGGAGAACUGGAGAAGCUUAUUGUGAAUGUCCUGCUGGUUAUUUAUGUUCCUUGAGGCUUGAUGGACUGGGCG